UUCUCAUAGCGCCAUACCUCGAUGGUCGUGCGCGGCUGUUGGGCGGCUUUGUCGGCUGAACAGAGCGGCUGAAGAGGUGGGGACGAUAAGCUAUCGAUGGGAUCGGCUUGAAGAAGGAGUGGGGGUGGAGUGGGAGAAUGCGUCACAGACUCGUGGCCGCUCAGUCAUCACAAAGUACCGUCCACGAUAAGAAAGAGAUGCGAGAGAGACUUGCUUCUCAAUCAAGAGCUUCUGUCUCAACCUCGUCGACUCGAAUGUCUCUGGCGCUCAGACCAGCGCUCAGACCACAUAUCGACCGUAGCCCAGGGCAGCGAGCCAGGCAAGCUCUCCGUCUACGCCUACGCCGCUCUGAAUUCAGCCAGAACUCGAUGCUCAUCUCAACGCAACCCCGCCCUCGACCUUCUCUGCCUCACAUCGUCCCCAUCAGAUUCGCAUCCGAUUCCGACGGUGAGCUGUCCUUCACAUGGCAUGAUCGCAGCAAGGAGGGCAGGGGUGCUGCUUCUCGAGUGGAGGUAGCGUGGCGUGGCGUGGUGUGCUGUGUCUUGCAGCCAUGCCGAUUGCUCAAAGUCGAAUCGAGCGGCGCGGCGCGGCGGCACGAAGAUGCCGAGGUGUCGUGUGAGGCAGAGACGACGUCAGAGCGACGUGAGGAGCCCUCUUCUGCCUUUGCUGUUGCGGGCAGGGCAGAAUGACAUUGGGAUGACGGAUCGAUUGCCGUUUGCUCACACGAGAGGGAUCAUGGCCGUGGGUCAUCGUUGACAGGGAUCGAUCGGGAUCGAGGUACUGCACCGGCCCUGCCGCCCGCUGGAUGAUGGCCAUCGCAGCCCUGCCGGACGAGCUGGCGGGCGGGCGGGCUGCCAACCCGUCGACUCGCGUGGCAAUCUCGACUUGCCUUGGCAAUGCUGCCGCUGCUCUCUCGCUGCCGCUGCGCCUUGAUUUCACGACUGGCAGCUUAAUUCGCCGCCGCCGUCAGUCAACCCCUAGCUGUGCUACUGCGAACCAUCCUUCAAUCACAGUCCUUCCUCUCCACACUACACUACCAUCCGCCGCUCCUCUAACCGCCUCGUGUA